AUAUUUCCCUACUCUAUGAUUGUAUGUCAUAAAUAUAACCCUUAUAUUUUUAUGAACAUUUUAAUAAAAUCGAUUCUAGAAAUAUUGUAAGAGCAGCUGUACUAGCGACAGCCUAACAUAAAAUUGAAAUAAUAUUGAAAAUUCAAACGUUAUGACUAUUGAAAAUGCGGAAGAUAUAAAGGAAAAAGUAAUAUUUCCGGUCGAAGAUGAAAAAAGUAGCAGAUAUCGCACCUAUAGUAUCUUGUCUUAUUUCAUAGUUUUAGUCAUUAUUGGUUUACCAGUAUGGUGGUACACUACCAGGGUAUAUCGAGCAGAUUUGCCUUUAACAGAAAUGUCAAAUUUAGAGUUAGAAAGUAAAUUGAGCAAACAGCUUGGAAUACCCCUCAGUUUAGAGUAUGAUAUUCUCAUCUCAGUUGUAAAUCCUAAUCCAGAAAAUUUAGACUUGGUUCUAGAUGCCAAGCUAGUUGGUGAUGCAAUGGAGCCAUUUUUUACAAAUAUAUCAUCUGUUGCUACAUUCACUGUUAAAUCACAGUGGUUAUAUCUGAUAGAUAUUGGUGUAUCUCCUAAAAAGAUGGAUAAUGGGUUUUUGAUUAGUGAAGAACAGUUACCUCAUAUUAUUACUCCGCUAGAAAAAAAUUUGUGGUCUCACAUCUCCCCAAGACCUUGCUUGAAUUUAGUACUUUACGUUCCUCCCUGUUCUUCCAGUCCAUUGAAUAUUUAUAAAAAAGUUGGUAAAGAGUUCAUUAAAUCUGCUUCUAAUGCUAUGCUUAGUCCUAAUUGGGGUGGAAUUUAUAUAGUUAAUCCUACUAUUGAAGAUUGCAAAAAUGGAAGAUUCCAGCCAGAGCUAGAUAAUAUAGUAUCAACAUUUAUAACUCAAUUGAAGAUGAUGUUCAACCUAAAAGAUUCUAGAAAUCAUGAUGAUAUAAAAAAAUUAUAUAAGAGAAAAGCUAGUAACAUGAUUGAAUCUUCUAAACGUACCCUUAAGUCCUUAGCCCAACUUUUAUCAGAAAUAAAUAGUAUUGUUAUAAGUGAUGAGGUGGCACAGAAAAUAAAAAUUUCAUUGGAAAGUGUGGAAAAUGCUGAACUUUAUUUGAAAGCUGAAGAAAUUGAUCUAGCUCUGAAAUUUGCCAAAGUUGCAUUCAAUAAUUCAGAGAAAGCUUUUGGAGACCCAUCUUUACUUGCUCUUUUGUAUUUUCCAGAUGAUCAAAAAUAUGCAGUUUAUAUUCCACUCUUUCUUCCAAUAAUGAUACCAGUAUUGAUGUCCAUUUUGUCAAUUAGGAAAAAAUUAUGGAAAUCUAAAAAGGCAAAAACUGAAUGAAAGCACAUAUUAUGUGAAACAGAAUAUCAUUUUUGAAUAUUAUUUAUUUUUUCUA